AUGUCGACGAUUAAAUGCACAAACUGCAAAUGUUAUGAGGAUAUCGUGGAUUAUGAUCUCGAUAGGAAUGGCCGGCACCGUAAAUCAUGUCGACCAUGUUUGGCUCGCUUGCGUGAAUAUACACGUCGUCGAGCAGAAGCCAGACGGCGACAAAUUGCGAACAAUGAAGAGCCAUCUCAGCCGCCAAUUCAACCUGCGGUACCAUUGGCAUUCCAAUCGUCACGGGCCCGUUGGACGCCAUUGGAGUUGGGCAGAAUGACAGUGAUUUCUCCUUCAUGUCAAGCUUUACAUUGGCUAAGCGAGCGCGUGCAAGGGAGUUCAAUCACGUUACCGCGGUUUGAAAAUUGUUGCAAGAAAGGCGAUGUUCAAUUGCCGGCAUUGGAACAAGCCCCCGAGUACCUACGGUACCUCCUCGAAUCAACUGAUACAAUUGCUAGACAGUUCCGUAGCCGCAUUAGGGAGUACAACUCCGCUUUGACCUUCACCUCCGUUAAAUAUACCUCAGAUGAACGCAUCGACCGUCAAGCUGGGGGGGUUACAUGCUUCCAAAUCCAUGGCGAGCUAUACCACCUUCAGGGGCCCCUGACUGCAGCAGCAAACGAUACGCCCGCUUUUGCUCAGUUAUAUUUCUAUGACCCACUCUACGCUGCACAAAUGAUGCAGCAGGGACAUCCAACUCUAGAUAUUGCGGUUUUGGAACGGUUGACACAAGAGAUACACACAGUCAAUCCAUUUAUUCCAUUAUACAAGACAGCGAAGGAAAGAUUGGAAGCUGCGUCCUCACAAGAUGGAGAUGUACGUGUCUUACUUAAUCCGCAAUUGCGGUUGAUAGUGGAGAGUGGAGCGGACAAGCGGAGACACAAUUUGCCUACAAGCAAUGAAGUCGCUGCGAUUAUCCCGGAUGAAUAUGGUGAAGCAGGAUUCCGGGAUAUUGUCUUAGCACAUAGAAAUCUAGAUGCCAAUAGGCAGUUUAGUAUAAUUGAUCCUAAUCAUGCCGCUUAUAUGCCCUUACAUUAUGUUCUGCUAUUUCCAAAUGGUGAGAGGGGUUGGCAUUGGGGCUUACGGCUGCGGGAUGAGUUGAACCGACGGAAGAAUUUAAGGUUACAGCAACGCGAAUUUUACAGGUACCGACUGCAUACCAGGACGACUGAACCCAUGACUUUGUUCCUCUCGCAACGCCUAUUUCAGCAGUAUUUGGUAGAUGCUUGGGCUGUUUGUGAUCAGAAUAAGUUGAAUUGGCUUCGACUGAAUCAGGCAAAUAUUCGGGCUGAUCUGUAUAAUGGGUUGGCGGAUAAUAUGUGGCAAGAGGACUUCAACCCGGAACAAACCGGGAAGCGUAUCAUUCUACCACGAAGCUAUACAGGAGGCGACCGAUACAUGCUGCAGUUGUUCCAGGAUUCCAUGGCUAUAGUCCAUCAUUUUGAGCGUCCCUCACUAUUUGUUACCUUUACCGCGAAUCCAAAGUGGGAAGAGAUUACUGCGGAGUUACUACCGGGGCAAACUGCUGUUGAUAGGCCAGAUUUAGUUGCAAGGGUGUUCCAUCUCAAGCAACAACAACUCCUCCAAGAAAUAAAGCGUAAACACAUCUUUGGUCGCUAUCUUGAGUCUGUAUGGACCAUUGAGUACCAGAAGAGAGGGCUGCCACACAUGUAUCUACUGAUAUUCCUUCAUCCGGAUGAUCGCUUUCUGACAGCAGAGAGGAUCGACGAAAUUGUGUGUGCAGAGUUACCGGACCCCGUGACUGAUCCUACGGGGGAACUAAAUGCAAUCAUUAGAAGUUGUAUGGUACACGGUCCAUAUGGAGAGGCCAAUAUGCGAUCGCCCUGCAUGGCUUCAAAGGAGAAUGGGGGACCAACUGCAUGUUCGAAACGGUACCCUAAGGCCUAUCAAUCAGAGACAGUUGUACAGGAGGAUGGCUAUCCACUGUAUAGAAGACGUAAUGAUGGCAGAACCUUUUCAGUGGCAGUAAGGGGCUCAGGGUUUAAUCAAGAGUAUCAGAUGGACAACAGAUGGGUGGUUCCAUACAAUCCUUAUCUUUCUUUACGGUAUAAAGCUCAUAUCAAUGUCGAGAUCUGUGGUUCUAUCCACGCGAUAAAAUAUAUACACAAAUAUAUAUAUAAAGGUUCAGAUCGAACAACACUUCAAGUAGGGAGUGACUCGGAUGAAAUUACUAGAUACCUCCAAGGGCGUUAUAUAGGACCCACUGAGGCUGUAUGGCGUUUGUUCGAAUACGGGAUGCAUGAAGAAUACCCGUCUGUCAUUCACUUGGCUGUUCACUUGCCUGGCGAGCAACCGGUAUACUAUGGGGAUAACUCUAACCGGGAGGAGUCGAUACAGAGGAUGCAAAACUCGAGAACUACACUGAUAGCUUAUUUUGAGUACAAUACAGAGCACGAGGAUGGUACCCAGUAUCUCUAUCAAGAUUUCCCGGUGUACGUUACCUAUGACGCUAAAUCGCGGAAAUGGGCAUCCAGGAAGAAAGGUGUGGCUAUUGGACGUAUGUGGCAUUGCAAUCCUAUGAUGGGGGAGAAAUACUAUAUGCGUUUACUGUUAACCGUGAUCCCUGGCGCAAGAUCUUUUGAUCAUCUGAAAACUGUCAAUCAUGUGCUGUUUCCUACAUUCAAGGCUGCAUGCAUUGCCCUUGGCUUAUUGGACGAUGAUCAAGAGUGGGUGCAGUGCUUUACUGAAGCAAGCUUAUUCUCGAGCGGAUAUUCCCUCCGUACACUCUUCACUACUGCCUUACUAUUUGGCAACGUGACUGAACCUUUACAAUUAUGGGAUAGAUUCAAGUCAAAUAUCUGCGAUGACUUGCCCCGAGCUAUGGAAAGAAACACAGGUCUCAUUAUCCCCCCUGAGCUUCCGGAUGCCCACCUGGACUAUGGCCUCUACCUGAUAUCACAGAUUCUUGCCGACUCCAAUAGAACGCUUAACGACUUUGGAUUGCCCCUCUAUACAGUAGAUUGGAACCGAACAGGUGGGAACGAGAUGAUUGCAUCAGAACUACGAUAUGAUAUGGUUGUGGAAGCGGCAAGUCUACAGUUGAGAAUCUCACAACUCAAUUCAGAUCAGUUGGAAUGCUUUAAUACUAUUACACACAGUAUUGAAGAAGCUGCGUCAGCCCUAUUCUUCAUUCAAGGACCCGCAGGUACUGGAAAAACGUUCCUAUACAAUGUCAUCUGUAACCAUUUCCGCUCCCAGGGUAAGAUUGUGCUUUAUGUUGCCUCUUCUGGCAUUGCGGCACAGUUUCUCCCUAGAGGCAGAACAUCCCAUUCCAGAUUCAAAAUUCCGAUUGCUAUCCAUGAGGGCUCAACAUGUGACAUCAAACGGGGUAGCCUGUUGGCCGGUUUAAUUCAAAAGACCGCGCUGAUCAUCUGGGAUGAGGUACCUAUGCAGAAUAAGUAUUGCUUCGAAGCGGUUAGCCGGACCCUGAAUGAUAUAUGUAGUGUGAGUGAUGAUUGCCUGUUUGGAAAUAUUCCGGUCGUACUCGGAGGGGAUUUUGCACAGAUUUUAACAGUUGUGCAACGCGGUAAUAGGGCUCAGAUAGUGCAGGCAUGCCUACAACGGUCUUCUUUAUGGCAGCACUUCAAGAUAUUAAGACUCAAGAUCAACAUGAGGGUCCGCAAUGGUGUUGAGAAUGAGGUGUUUACGGCUUGGCUUGGGCAGAUGAGCCAUGAUUCCCGAUGGUAUGGUAGAAUAUCUCUACCACCAUACAUCCAGAGCUGUAAGACAAUUGAGGACCUUUGUAUGCAUGUAUUCCCGCGGCAUAUAAUUGAAUCUGCCCCAACAAAUUACACCGCAUUCUCGAAGCGGGCGAUUCAGGCGAUGAGAAACGAUACAGUCGCUGAGUUCAAUGAUAGAGUUCUACAGCAAAUUCAAGGCGAGGUGCACACGUACUAUUCGGUGGACACUGUUGACAGCGGGAAUUCAGAAGAGAAUGCAAACCUGCUACCUCCAGAAUAUCUGCAGGAUCUCAAUCCAUCUGGCCUCCCACUAUCUAUCAUCAAAGUAAAGGUGGGGGCGCCCAUAAUUCUACUCCGCAAUCUAUUUCCGAAGCAAGGUCUCUGCAAUGGAACACGAAUGACGGUAACUAAACUGGGUAUACGGUGUAUCGAAGUCAAGAUUCUGGGUGGUGAGUUUGAUGGUGAGCCAAAGGUUAUACCACGUAUACAGCUUUCAUCCACUGAGGGAUGUAAGGAACCAUGGGCGAGGUUCCCCGAGGGAAGGGACAGGCCUCGCGCGAGGGCGAGGGAUGACGCAGUGGUGUACCCAAAGGCAGGGACAGAGGUCUGUACGCGGACAGCGGAGAGGACAGCGACGAAGGUCUGUACGAGGACAGAGGUAAGGGUCCGUACGAGGACGGAGAUAACGGCGGUCGGCAUGUUAACCGAACGGAACGAGGCGAGGAAUAGAGAGGCGGCGAAGAUCAUAACAGCGGGCGCGCCGGGCAUAAGGGACAGCAGACGUAACGGGGACUGA